AUGGCUUGGGGAUUGUUUCAGAUCCUGAUGAUAUCCUUUUUUCAUUUGAUUAAACUCUCAAGUCAGCAAGAGACAAGUUUUGUCUAUGAAACUUUUCGCAGCCAAGAAAAUCUUUAUCUUGAUGGAUCGGCAACAGUACUUCCCAAUGGAUUAUUGCAGCUUACAAAUGCUUCCGAUCAUCAGAUGGCUCAUGUUUUCUACAAGGACUCAAUUGAGCUCAGUUCCUCUAAACCACUCUCCUUCUCAACACACUUCGUUUGCGCUCUAGUGCCUCAGCCUGGAGUUGAAGGUGGCCAUGGAAUGGCCUUUGUAGUAUCUCCUUCUAUGGAUUUCUCACAUGCAGAAUCAACUAGAUACUUGGGGAUUUUCAACGUAUCAAAAAAUGGAUCUCCCUCUUCUAAUGUGCUUGCUGUUGAGCUUGACACUAUUUGGAACCCUGAUUUUGAAGAUAUCGACCACAACCAUGUGGGGAUUGAUGUGAACAGUCCUUUGUCAGUUGGGACAGCUUCUGCAUCUUACUAUUCCGACAUAAAGGGGAAGAACGAAAGCAUAAACCUCUUGAGCGGACAUCCAAUACAGGUUUGGGUUGAUUAUGAAGACAAUAUGCUUAAUGUUUCGAUGGCUCCUCGUGAAGUCCAGAAGCCAAGUCGGCCUCUUUUGUCACAACACAUCAAUCUUUCAGAUAUUUACCCGAACAGAAGACUUUUCGUUGGAUUCUCUGCAGCAACAGGGACAGCUAUCAGUUAUCAGUAUGUUCUUUCAUGGAGUUUUAGCACAAGCAGAGGAUCACUGCAGCGAUUUGACAUCUCAAGACUCCCUGAAGUUCCUCAUCCUAGAGCUGAACAUAAGAACCUAUCUCCAUUGUUUAUUGACCUGCUUGGUUUUCUGGCUAUCAUGGGCUUGUGUACUCUUACUGGAAUGUAUUUUUUCAAGAGGGGCAAGUAUGCAGAAAUAACCGAAGAAUGGGAAAAUGAAUUUGGUGCACAUCGGUUCUCUUACAAAUCCUUGUACAAAGCAACAAAAGGGUUUCACAAGGAUGGAUUUCUUGGAAAAGGAGGUUUUGGAGAAGUCUACAGAGGAAAACUCCUUUUAAGCAGAGAAAAAGCUGUGAAGAGAAUGUCACAUGAUGGUGAUCAAGGGUUGAAGCAAUUUGUGGCAGAAGUGGUGAGCAUGAGAUGUCUGAAACAUAGGAAUCUUGUUCCACUUCUUGGGUAUUGCAGGAGAAAGCAUGAGUUUCUCCUUGUCUCUGAUUACAUGACCAAUGGUAGUCUCGACGAGCAUUUGUUUGAUGACCAGAAACCGGUACUUUCUUGGCCACAAAGACUUGUGAUUAUUAAGGGUAUUGCAUCUGCUCUCUGUUACCUUCAUACAGGUGCUGACCAAGUUGUUCUGCACCGAGAUAUCAAAGCUUCAAACAUUAUGUUGGAUGCUGAGUUCAAUGGAAGGUUAGGGGAUUUUGGUAUGGCCAGUUUUCAUGACCAUGGAGGCAUCUCAGACUCAACAUGCGCCGUUGGGACUAUUGGGUACAUGGCGCCAGAGAUACUUUAUAUGGGAGCUUCCACUAGAACUGAUGUGUAUGCCUUUGGUGUUUUCAUGGUUGAAGUAACAUGUGGGAGGAGACCUGUGGAACCACAGUUGCAACUUGAGAAACAAAUUCUGAUCGAAUGGGUGCCAGAAUCCAGACCCACAAUGGAGCAAGUUAUCCUAUACUUAAACCAGAACCUACCAUUGCCAGAUUUCUCACCAUACACUGUGGGGAUUAGCAAUCAUUCUUCGGUUCUGAUUGAUGCAGCCUCCCUUGUAGCUUCAAGGAGCUGGUCAGCUGCUUCGUCGGCCACUAACUCACCUUAAUGGGGACACACAUUGGAAAACUAAGAACUCCCACCCAAUGUACACGUAGCAGAAAGCAUAUAUAUUAUUAGGUCUCAAGAUUUUUAUCUGUCUCACUUGUCCUAACCAAUACAAGAAACUAACAGUUAUCCAAUUUCCUAGAAAAGUAAUUGGUAGACUUUUAGUCAUCUCCCUGGUACUGUAAUCAUUCAUAACUGUAUCAUCUUGUUCUCCCUUAAAUUCUUUGUUUUGCUGAAGAUUUUAACCGUCUGUUUAGCGAUUAUCCACAGCAACAUUCUCUGUGAUCC